CAAUUGAAUGCUGUGUACAGAACAUGUUCAGUAGAUUGUAUCCAAAUCACCAUCAACAGUCCAAAUUUCGCCGCUGAAGGUCUUCCGCAGUCUGUUCGCACCUCCAUGAGGACUGCGGCCACCAUCACCUAACGCUGCCUCUCCUCUCCUUUCAACCACACCCUUCGCCGUCCUGCUCGGCCUGGCCUGGCAUAGCCGCGUCUUGCCAGGCCGUUCUUCGUCGACAUGUCCUCCCCACCGGCGCGAGGGAGGAUGGAAUACCCAUUCGCUCCCUCGCCAGACAUAUUACGAACGCACGAAAAGGACGCAUAUAUGAUCGGCCAAGUAACUUCAGAAGCAUCAACAAUCGUACGGGCACUACUGGGCGCUCGAGUAGCACACAAAUACUCCGGCGCGACCAACCACCUCAGCGAACUACUAUAUCUAUGUCUGACCACUUUACUGGGCAACCGGACGCUAGGCGAGGAAUACUGCGACGUGAUCCAAGUUGAGGACGACACAUUGCGACUGGCCGGUCUAGGUCGACGAGUCGGAUACAUUGCCAGCGUGGUGUUUGCGCCGUGGGCUUUGGGAAAGACAUUACCUGCGUUGCGGAGGAGGUUGAGAAGUAAAUUGGAACGAAGUAUUCAACAUCAACAACACAAAUCAGCUUCUGCCGGCAGAAAUGGAAAAUUAAUUGUUCAAAAAUAUCUCCUCCAACACCUCGACAGCCUGACCUCCCCCAGUCCCUUCUACGCCGUGAGUCUGGCCACCUUCUACUUCACGGGGGCGUACUACCACAUUUCCAAACGCCUUUUUGGACUUCGCUACAUUUUCACAAAGCAAAUUAAACCGGACGAGCAGCGGGUAGGGUAUGAAGUGUUGGGCGUUUUGCUCGUUUUGCAACUUGCUGUUCAGGCGGCCUUGCAUGUUCGCGAGACGUAUUUGGAAAUAUACGGCGGCGGCGGUGGCAGCGUCGGUGGCACAGUCGUCGACAAAUCGAAAAUUGAAGGACCUCAAAAUGGCAACUUCACCACCUCCUCAACCUACGUAGGUCGAGGCAUCGAAGUCCCUGUCUCUGGGAGCGGUCACUCAUCUCCCCCGAACAAUGAAACACAACUCCUCGACACACAACAGUUGGCUCUAACGCCCGGUCUAGCGACCACCACCCAAACACCAAUCUUGGACCCCGGACAAGCCCGGUACGAUUUAUCCGAUCCAACCACGAUGACAUGGAUCCCCGACGGCCAGCAGAGGAAAUGUACGCUGUGUCUAGACCCGCUAAAGGACCCGAGCGCCACGACCUGUGGCCACGUCUUCUGCUGGACUUGUGUGCAGGAUUGGGUGAAGGAAAAGACGGAGUGUCCGCUGUGUCGGCAGAGUGUGUUGCCGCAGAAGAUUUUGCCUUUGCGAUAGCGAUAGCAGCGAUGAAACUAACUGGAGACUCGGCCACUGCAUGGUACUGUACCCGACCAACGACACCACUGCAGUUACGAUUGCAUGUUGCUGUCUUGUUACUUUGAUUGUCAUUCAAGUUGUCGUUUCUUAUGAUGUUUUUCGCGCGUUCCAAGCCGGCGAGUUGCGUGCGUAUGCGUGUGUGUAUACUAUAUAACAGUAGUAUCUACUGUAGGUCAAUUACGUCCCUGUGGUUAUCCA